AUGCCCGAGACCGCCUCUCCCAUCGAUAUCCCCCCCACCGUGACCGCCUCCCCGACAACCGCGGCCAUGGCCUCGCCGGGCACCCCCCCGCCGGCGACCGCCGGCACUCCCCCGCAAGCGGGCACCCCCCCGCCCAUGGCCGCCGGCUCCGAGCCGGAGACCUUCUCCACGGACAAUCUGUCCGACAUGUCGGAGGCCUCCGCCACCGCGGCCAAGGACGCCCCCCCCCGGAAGCAGAUCCACUUCCUCCUGCCGAUCCCCUAUGUCGGGGCGCUGAUCGGCCGGAAUGGCCUGACCGUGCAGAAGAUCGUCUCCUCCACCGGCACCCUGAUCAAUGUCGGCAGCAAGCCGGAGAACAAUGUCUUUGGGAACCGGGCCCUUGACCGGCUGGUGACCAUCUCGGCCAGCGAGCCGGCCGGCAGCCAGGCCGACAAGGCCAUGUUCGCGGCCCUGCGCAUGAUCCUGGAGAACAUCCAGAACAGCACCCUCCACGAGCUGGAGCAGGAGAAGACCCCCACGGCCACCUUCAACCGUAUGGCAUUCAUGCCGCUGAAGCUGAUCCUCCCGUCGAACCCGAUCUUCGCUUCGCGCGGCGCGCACAUCCGCCGGAUGAUCCACGACUUUGAUGUGUACAUCGCCCUGGCGCCGGAGUACCGCGAUGCCUACUCCUCGGAGGUGGUGGUGGCCGUGACCGGUAGCGUGGAGAAGCAGCUCGCCGUUGCGGCCAGCCUCUUCGAGAUGACCGGCUUCGUCAAGUCCGUCCCCCGGUCGCUGCUCUCCUUCCCGGUGAACCGGCUCAUUAGUGCCGCGCCUCCCCGUGGGGCGGACCGUGUGACUGCUCGCUCCACCCGCCGCCGCAGCACCUCCCCUUUUAUGCCUGGCACCAGCCAGGCCACCUCGGCGCCGGGUACCUCCGGCGCCCCUGCCACCGGGUCGCCGACGGCCGUUGCCGCCGGCUCGGGGCUGCCCUCCGACUCGAUCACCCUGCUGGUCCGUCGGGAGUGUGUCGGGUCCAUCAUCGGCCACAAUGGCGACGUCGUGCGCAGCAUUGGCCGGCAGACGUCCACCCGGAUUAAGAUCAACAGCUCGCAGUUCCCCGACCUCAACCGUGUCAUUGUUACUGGCAACCAGUCGGAUAUCCCGAACGCCCUGCAGCUGAUCGCCCGGUGCAUGGAGGACUCCUUCAAGGUGGACGUCAUCAGCGCCCAGGUGGAGGUUCCAUACGCAUGCCUCGGCCGGGUCAUCGGCAAGGCCCACGCCAACCUCAACGAAAUCACCAACACCUCCAAAGCCAAGAUCGACGGCCCGUUCCCCCUGACCCCGGACGCCUCGCCCCCCGGCCCGGACACCAACUUCAUUUUCUUCGUCUCUGGUAACAUCAAGUCCAUCAUCAUCAGCUUCCAGAUGAUCCGCUUGGCUACCAACAACUACUACCGCCAGUUGUCCUUGCAGCAGCAGCGUGCGGCGGCCGCCGCCGCCGCCGCUGGCAGCGCUGCCGCCGCCGCCGCCGCCUCCUCCUCAUCCUCUGCCACUCUCCCUGCUGCCCCGAUGCAUUGA